UGAUUAUGUACGAAAUGCUUUUGAAACCUGUUUACCCCAUAGAAGCACUAUAGGAAAAUGGUUUAAGACCAUUAAUGCUGAACCAGUUUCUCUAGUGAGGCAAUUAAUGUUUUGAAGAAAAAUGUAGAAUAUUCGGAUAAGCCUGUACUAUUAAGCCUCAUUAUAGAUGAGAUGUCCAUUCGGAAGCAUCUUGAUUUAGAAGAUGAUUCUAACUUUAUGGCCAAACAGGUAUUUGUUAUGAUAAUUGUUAACAUUAAUGGAACUUGGAAGCUGCCAGUUGGCUAUUUCCUUGUAGUUGUUUCACAGUGCAUACAAUUAGUUUCUGCUACAGGAGCACGAGUUGUAUCGCUUACAUUUGAUGGUGCUCCUUCAAAUAUUGCAGUGGCAAAUACUUUGGGAACCAAUAAUUCUUAUGACUCAUUAAAACACAUUUUUCUUUAGAUGGUAAC